AUGCUAUCCUUAGUGAUCCAAAAGAUAACCUAUGCAAAGGUGUCUUUUCUAGAUUAUGUAGAAUAUGGCUUGUUAGAUACUGGUGCUAGCAUUAGCUGCAUUGGAUCUGAAUUAGCUAAAGAAAAUUUUUCAAAAUUCCAAAAUUUUAUAAGUUGCAGAAACUUUGUCAAAACUGCCGAUGGGGCUCAACAACGCGUUAUAGGUUGGCUUAAUGUAAAUAUCACGUUUAAGGAAAUGUCUUGUCCAAUUAACCUUUUUGUAAUACCAACAAUUUCUCAACGACUUAUACUUGGAAUUGACUUUUGGAAGAAAUUUAAAUUAGUACCGAUUGUCAUUGAAUCCGCGGAUUUAUUUGAUAAGUCAUCGGUUAGCGCAAGUCCGUCUGUUUCGUCCGAUAAGUCCGAAAGUCUGUCCGAGGUUUGUGGUAAAUCUGAUGGUGAGAAAUCAGAUAAUAACUAUAUGUUAACUUCAAGUCAACAACAGCAAUUAAACGCUGUAAUUUCUCUUUUUCCAAACUUUGAAAAACAAGGGUUGGGAAGAACGGGCUUAAUAAAGCACUUGAUCGAUGUUGGUGAAGCCAGACCGAUCAAGCAAAGGUUCUACCCCGUAUCACCAGCAGUGGAAAAACUAAUGUUCACACAAAUUGAUAGAAUGUUGACAUUGGGUGUUAUUGAACCGUCAAACUCACCCUGGAAUUCCCCGAUGAGACUGGUUAUAAAACCGAAUAAAGUCCGCCUUUGUUUAGAUGCGAGAAAAGUGAAUUCUGUCACGAAAAAGGAUGCCUAUGCACUACCAUCGAUUGAGGGAAUCUUUGCGCGUCUUCCAAAAGCCAACAUCAUUUCCAAGUUAGAUUUAAAAGACGCGUAUUAG